CUUCAGAGCAAACCACCUCCACACACCUCCCCCCUGCCCAACUCCUCAGAAUGAUCCCCCAAACACCCCUCGAAAAAGCCACCUACCUCGUAACCUCCCUUGAAGAAUACGGACAAGGCGACUACAUCGGCGAAUCCAUCAGCCAGCUCGAACACUGUCUACAAGCCGCGCACCAAGCCCAGAAUUCAGGCGCAUCCCCCGAACUAAUCCUCGCCGCCCUCCUCCACGACAUCGGCCAGAUCAUCCCCCUCUCAUCCACGAAGGAAGUCCGGAUGAACCUGAAAUCCAACAACGAUAACAAAAGUACCGAGAAUGUCGGCCGCAUGGGCCACGAGACUAUCGGAGCGGAAUACCUUCGUUCACUGGGUUUCAGUGAGAAGGUUUGUCGGUUAGUCGAGAGUCAUGUUCCUGCGAAGCGAUAUCUCACCGCCACAGACAAAGCAUACUACGAGACGUUAUCAUCUGCUUCGAAGAAAUCACUCGAGUUCCAAGGCGGGCCAUUCAAGGGCGCAGAGUUAGAGGCCUUCGAGAGGGAUCCGUUGCGCGAUGGGAUGGUCAAGUUGAGGCUUUGGGAUGAUGCGGCGAAGGUGCAGGGGAUUGAGGAGAGUACGCCGAGGGCGGGGGAGUAUCGGGAUUUGAUUCGGGUGCAUUUGGAGGGGGUUUUGUUAGGGUAGAUGCUCAGGUUUUUGAUGAUUUAUGGUAAGGAAGGAUUGUUAGGGCUAGAAUGAAAGGCAUAGUGUAUAAUGGCGAUGACUACAGUGAGAAAUAUCUGGGAGAGGUGUCUAUCCUGUGAUUAAAGUUAUAAUUCUCAACUUCUGAGAAGCGUGGCUGUAUCCUAAAGUAGGAUUAGCAUGCAAACAUACAAGCUUCAACCCCUCGACACAAGUCAAU